AGAAGAAGACCUUACACUAAUACAAACUUUGAAUAAAGAUGGCUUGCAGUUUUUCUAUCUCAAUCAUGAGCGGUGUUACGACUUCACUCUGAAAUUAUUACUAAGACAAGAGUGUGAGUUGUGUUACGACCUACCUCUAAGCAUAUUGGUUAUCCCUAACCGUCUGAUGAGAUCUGGCUCGCCUUGCCCUUAUAAAUUAUCUUCACACAAUGAGAGUCGGCGGUUGAGGUGGUCACUCACGAUGAUACUUGCACCAUCGAUUCGUGAUCAGUGUUCUAAUAAGUGAUAGCCCUUGACUACUCACAGCAGAGAUGUUUACUGAGAUAGAACUCGGACAUGAUAGAAGAAUACAAAUGGAUUUGAAUAAUGUAUCUGCUAUAGUUAACUAUUGGAUGAAAGGUUUACCGUUAAAAGUUACUGUUCAUGGGUGGCAUGGAUCGGAGAAUGCUAUCUAUGGUGUAUAUGAAAUCAACGACGCAUACAUCGGCCUUGGAGGGUUCAAUAUAAUCACAGUGGAUUGGAGUAGUUUUGCAAGUAAUUCUGAAUAUGCAUAUUCUGCAGCUGUGGCUUUAACCGUUGGUACUGGAGUUGCCGUAUUUUUGGAAAAUGUGGUUAAUUUAACGAAAAUUUCACCAACAGAUAUACAUUUAAUAGGCUAUAAUCUCGGAGCCCACGUUGUAGGAAGAUGUGGUUAUCGUUUUCGAUUGGGAAAAAUCGGCAGAAUUACUGGAUUAGAUCCAAUCAAAAUUCUAAGAAAUAACAAAGACAUCCAUGUACCACCUUUGAGAAAAGAUGAUGCCCAAUUUGUCGACGUCAUUCACACUUCAGGAGGGAAAUUUGGUUACAUUGGAAUGUUAGGUCACAUUGACUUUUAUCCCAAUGACGGAAGAGUUAGUCAACCGGGAUGUCAUGAUUCCAUGCUUCCAUUUUUAGAAUUACAGAAAUGCAGCCAGCAAAGAGCAUAUGAAUUAUAUAGAGACUUCCUGAAAUAUAACAGUUCUUUCAUUGGGACCUUCUGUGAUUCGUAUGAGAAUUAUAUGUUCAAGCACUGUGAAGACCAAGAAAAAAUACCUAUGGGACACUACGCAAAUCUAACUAUUUUUGGUGGAGGAUCUUAUUACUUGAGCACCAAUGACAAAAGUCCUUUUCAUGGAAUAAACUAGCAAAUCUGUAACCAAUUUUGUGCUUUGUUAUCCUCGCGUUUAAUACCUACUGCCCUUGUUUGCUGUAACAUCGUACCAACCGUUCACCUGCGAGGGGACUCCGUGUCAUCAUAGGACAAGUUUGGCUAAACCAAGUCGUCUUCUUUAUUUUCUGUAUUUUAUUUUUCUAUAUUUUCUUAUAUUAUUGUACGUAUUAAUAUUAUUAUUAUUAUUAUUAUUAUAUUAAUACAUUAUAAUUAUUCCCGUGACGCCCUGUACUAGGUCCAUUAUUAUAAUUAUAAUUAUUAAUAUUAUUUGGAUUAUUGUAAAAUUUUUUUUAUCGGUGUUACAUAUUCGCAGGACAAACAUAACGGGAUAUAUAUUUAUUAUAUAUUUUUGGUAACUCACUUCGCUCCUGUGUACAUAACAUCUGAGUUGUUGCCGACAACCACCGAUCAUUAUAGGAUCGGUAACAGCGCAACACCUAUCGAAUAACGUUCAAGUUUAAAACUGAUACUGAAUGUCAGACACUUAAACUGCUUUAGAGUCUCAACGAUUUCUGCAUUUAACAUUGUUCAAAAAAUGUAGUUUUUAUUAUUUGUAUGUGAAGAAAUC